CGCGCGGCCGUGGUCACGUGACGGGCGGGGCGCGCGCGGGUGUCAGCGUUUUUGGGGGAAACCCUCCAAAAACAGCGACAAGUGUUUCACCAGCGACCCGAGACUCAUAGCACCGUACGGCCCGGCUCCGGCGGUUUUAAAGCAGCUAAAUGGAGUCUGAGCAGCUGUUUCAUAGAGGCUACUAUCGAAACAGUUACAACAGCAUAACUAGUGCAAGCAGCGAUGAGGAGCUUUUAGAUGGAGCAGGGGUAAUAAUGGAUUUUCAGACCUCUGAAGAUGACAAUCUCUUGGAUGGUGAUGCAUCCAUAGGAACUCAUUAUACAAUGACAAAUGGAGGAAAUAUCAACAGUUCAACACAUUUACUGGACCUUCUGGAUGAGCCAAUUCCUGGAGUAGGAACAUACGAUGACUUCCAUACCAUUGACUGGGUUCGAGAGAAAUGCAAAGACAGAGAAAGGCAUAGACGGAUUAACAGCAAGAAGAAAGAAUCAGCAUGGGAGAUGACAAAAAGUUUGUACGAUGCAUGGUCAGGAUGGUUGGUAGUCACGUUAACUGGUUUGGCAUCAGGGGCAUUGGCAGGAUUAAUUGACAUAGCUGCUGACUGGAUGACUGACUUGAAGGAAGGCAUUUGCCUUAGUGCUUUGUGGUUUAACCAUGAGCAGUGUUGUUGGGGUUCAAAUGAGACCACAUUUGAAGAGAGAGAUAAAUGUCCGCAGUGGAAAACAUGGGCAGAGCUAAUAAUUGGGCAAGCAGAAGGUCCAGGUUCAUACAUAAUGAACUACAUCAUGUACAUUUUCUGGGCUUUGAGCUUUGCCUUCUUAGCAGUUUCUCUGGUGAAGGUAUUUGCUCCCUACGCCUGUGGCUCAGGGAUACCUGAGAUAAAAACUAUUUUGAGCGGCUUCAUCAUCAGAGGUUAUUUGGGGAAGUGGACUUUGAUGAUAAAAACAAUUACUUUAGUCUUGGCUGUUGCAUCAGGUUUAAGUUUAGGAAAAGAGGGUCCUUUGGUACAUGUUGCCUGCUGCUGUGGGAAUAUUUUUUCCUACCUCUUUCCAAAAUACAGUACAAAUGAAGCUAAAAAAAGAGAGGUGUUGUCAGCUGCCUCAGCAGCAGGAGUUUCUGUAGCCUUUGGUGCCCCAAUUGGUGGAGUCCUUUUCAGUCUGGAGGAGGUCAGUUACUAUUUCCCACUGAAAACUUUAUGGAGAUCGUUUUUUGCUGCUUUAGUAGCUGCAUUUGUUCUAAGGUCCAUCAAUCCUUUUGGUAAUAGCCGCCUAGUUCUUUUUUAUGUGGAAUAUCACACUCCUUGGUACCUUUUUGAACUGCUUCCUUUUAUUCUUCUGGGAGUAUUUGGUGGGCUCUGGGGAGCAUUUUUCAUCCGAGCAAAUAUUGCAUGGUGUCGUCGACGCAAAUCUACAAAAUUUGGGAAGUAUCCUGUCCUGGAGGUUAUUAUUGUUGCAGCAAUAACAGCUGUGAUUGCAUUUCCUAAUCCAUAUACAAGGCUAAACACCAGUGAGCUUAUUAAGGAGCUCUUCACAGACUGUGGGCCGUUAGAAUCCUCCUCGCUCUGUGACUACAGAAAUGAUAUGAACGCAAGCAAAAUUGUAGACGAUAUUCCUGACCGCCCAGCAGGCACUGGAGUCUAUUCAGCUAUAUGGCAGUUGUGUUUAGCACUCAUAUUUAAAAUAAUCAUGACAGUCUUCACUUUUGGUAUCAAGGUUCCAUCUGGGUUGUUCAUACCUAGUAUGGCAAUUGGAGCAAUAGCAGGAAGGAUUGUAGGAAUUGCAGUGGAGCAACUGGCUUACUACCAUCAUGACUGGUUCAUUUUCAAGGAGUGGUGUGAAGUUGGAGCUGACUGUAUUACACCUGGUCUUUAUGCCAUGGUUGGUGCUGCUGCAUGCUUAGGUGGUGUGACAAGGAUGACUGUGUCCCUGGUAGUUAUUGUCUUUGAGCUAACAGGAGGGCUGGAAUAUAUUGUGCCCCUAAUGGCUGCAGUCAUGACCAGUAAGUGGGUAGGAGAUGCCUUUGGUAGGGAAGGCAUCUAUGAAGCACACAUCCGACUGAAUGGGUAUCCUUUCUUGGAUGCAAAGGAAGAGUUCACUCACACAACACUGGCUGCUGAUGUGAUGAGGCCUCGGAGGAGCGACCCCCCUUUAGCAGUUCUGACGCAGGAUAAUAUGACUGUCGAAGACAUAGAAAACUUGAUCAACGAAACCAGCUAUAAUGGUUUUCCUGUUAUUAUGUCAAAGGAAUCCCAGAGACUUGUGGGUUUUGCUCUAAGAAGAGAUUUAACUAUUGCAAUAGAAAGUGCUAGAAAGAAGCAGGAGGGGAUUGUUGGCAGUUCCAGGGUGUGUUUUGCCCAGCAUACCCCAUCGCUUCCAGCAGAAAGCCCUCGACCUUUGAAGCUCAGAAGCAUACUUGAUAUGAGCCCUUUCACCGUGACAGACCACACACCAAUGGAAAUAGUGGUGGAUAUUUUCCGGAAGCUGGGUCUGAGGCAGUGCCUUGUAACACACAAUGGGAUUGUCUUGGGGAUCAUCACAAAGAAGAACAUAUUAGAGCAUCUCGAGCAACUAAAGCAGCACGUCGAACCCUUGGCGCCUCCUUGGCAUUAUAACAAAAAAAGAUAUCCUCCGUCAUAUGGCCCAGACGGCAAACCAAGACCCCGCCUCCAUAAUGUUCAACUGAAACCCAUAGCUGAGGAGAGAGAGGAAACGGAAGAGGAGGUUCAUUUGUUGAAUAGCACAACACUUUAGUCUGGGGAAAACUUCCAAAAUCAGAGACGAGCUGGGUUUUUAUGUAACAGUGCUGCUGGCAAUCAGGAGUCAGUCUGGGGGAGCGUGUGGUGAGGAGGAAGGCUGAUGGGAGUGUGGGAAGGGAGAGCUGCUGUCCUGCACUGGAUGCGUCCCGAGACAUCAGGUCUGCCAUGAUAGUGCAGUGGGUGAGCCGUGCAAAGCGGUGCCAUUCUCCAGCCCAGCCUGGUACUUCAGCAUUGAAGAGAUGUGUUAUUAAUCCCUGUUUCUGGAGGGAUCAUUCUGAAUUGAGCCAUCUUGUGGAGACUGAAAGGUCUUGCCCUUUUUACCAUUGAAAACUGUUGUGUUAACUCAUGAAACGUAUUAACUAUUACUCGUCACCUUUCUACAUUCCAGAAGAGCUUUAUUUCUCUCUCUCCUGAGCCGUAACAAAGCCUCUUUAAAUUGGUGUGCCCUUUUGAAGCAGUUGUUUCUCAUAUUGAGAUGUACUGUGAGUUACUGAGGUGUGAUCACAAGAAGGGAGGUUUUUCUUGUGCCAUUAAAUGUGUAAGUUCGUACAUCACUAAAUGCUCGGGGCAGUGCAGAUGCACUGCAACAAAACCAGGUUGAACAGGUAAUACUUUCCAAGAACCACACAAGACUUCUUUCAACCCGUGUGCUGUCAUGAUAUGAGAAAACUAAAACCAGGUGAAACCGGUAUUUUAAGGAAAAAUACUGGUUUUGCCGCAGAAAAUAUCAAUAAUGUGACCUGGUCUUAUGCAAUUUUUGUAUUAUUGAACACACUACGAUAUAUACCAAUGUUGUGCAGUAUAAGGAAAAAUACUGCUAUUCUACUAGUUUAAGAGCUGGAACAAUUCUGUAUACGUGUAUCUGGUAAAAAAAUGCAUGCUUCAACACUGGAGAUCUUUUCCCCCCCUGUAAAAUUUGAGAAUGGUCAUUUUUAUUUUUUCUUCUCCAAAAAAGAUGUUCCACUGCUGACAUGGUAGGAAGAAAUGUAACUCAUAAUUUGCACUAAAUGUAUAUUAUUUUUCUUGAAGUUUUACCAUUCUUUAUUUAUAUUUAUAUGGAUUUAAAAAAUCUAUUAAAUAUGAAUCAGUUAAUAUCUCACAUAACUAAUUACCUUUUUAAUGUGAUUUUAUAGAAUAAUUCAUAAUCCUCUGCAAGUAAUGGAGGAUUAGCAAAUGUUUACAACUAGAUGAAGGGUUUCAAGAAAAUGGCUUCUUUAUGAUCCAACAUACAUUCAAGAUCAUUUUCAAAUGUAACUUUCACUGCCGUUACCUUGGAUUUCUUUUUUUCUUUACUAGCAGAUAACUGGAACAGUAAUAGUAGGGUUUUAUUUAAAAAAAAAAAAAACCAACCUGCAGGGUUUUAAAAGUAAUAGGAGAAAGCAACUAUUAGAUUGCUUUUGACUCUUCUUUUCUCCCAAGUAUAUAAAGGUGUAAAUUAUAUAGUCACACCUGAGCAGCCGGGCAGAAUUGAAUCCAGUACUUGAAACUUUGGCAGGACUUUAAAAUUCAGCAGCAACACACACGCAGUCGGAGGUGAACUGACAGACCCCUAACUUCACAGUACAUUGUUUUGUUUCCUAUUCAUUUUAUCAGACUAUCACUAGAACUGCAUGCAGAGGAAAAAUGACAAUAUGCUAUAAACCUAAAUUAGGAAGGAAAAAAUUAAUCUGGCUGACAAAAAUCAUGUUUUGUAAUAUGAGGUAGGAUAAAAUUUCUUUCUUUUAACAGUUAUGCUCACAAGACUGCAAAAAUGGUAAGAAUAUAAACACUAAAAGUCUAACUUUUAGUGUUUAUAUUCUUACCAUAUAGAGAUAUUAUAGAGAUAUUAUAGAGAUAUCUCUAUAAUAUAGAGAUAUUAUAGAGAUAUCUCUUACUAUAGAGAUAUUUAUAAUUUUAAAUAUCUCUAAGGCAUUCAUCACAGUUACCUCAAACAUCUUUAUUCAUGAAGUACUCGGUAUGAUUUUAUCUUAAGUACAAUAACACAAUGAACCAAAAUUCUGGCACUUUUGCUGUGCUGCACAAAAAUGGCUGUGCUUAAGUAACUGCACUGUUGAAUUUGAACUUAUUUUUUAUAGUAAAAAACUGCCAUUUACAUUUAAUCAUCUCAGUUCCAGCAGCAACUGGAACCAGUAGAAAGUGCAAUGUGCCAGGGGGAUCACAGUGAUCAGGCCCUGUAUUAAAAACAGGUUUGGAAAUGAUACAGGGAAUUGGGCUAUGUAAAAAUGGGAGCAUGGCAACAACCACCUGUUCUCUUCCAUGUGACAUCAGUGCCAGUUAAAAAUUUGCUCUGUUACAUUACAUAAGCCUGAAGAAGAGGAAGUUUCACAAAGAGGAGGAUUAGGCCCAUUUACAGAAAGUAUCUCUGAAAGUUGUCUGUGACACUGAUUUCUGUUGUCUGUUUUUUUUCUACAGUGGAAGAAUACAAACUCACUACACAAACAAAAAUCACUUUAAGUCAGUUUGAAAUCUCUGCCCUGUCUGGUGUUAUUGUAAAACACUGCUGUGUGUACUGUAUUAACUUGCAUCUAAUUCUAGAGACUGCUGUCUGAAUUAAAACACAGUUCACUCUCCUGCUGCGUUUCAUUUCUCUGUGGAUCCUGAGAGCUGCACAUACAUUGUGCAUCUCUGUUUGUUCUUAGCCUGCUAAGCUUUCCCUGUUGACAUUUAAAAUGUCUUCUGGUAAACGUGCAGUAGAGGUUCUGUUAACGAAGUAUGUGUGCCUGUGCUGUGCGACAAAAAAUUUCUAACGUGAAACUUGCAGCGCCUUACUCAAAUUACUAAUUAAAAAAAAAAAAAGGUGGUGGAUGGGAGGGGGAAAGUGUCAGCAUUUUUUUAUUUUUUAAAUCAUUCAGAUACUGGUUCAUGAAGAAUGCAUUCUUUGUUAAUCUGUGAUGUUGCCUAGAGCUGUAUUUAAUAUUGAUCUUAAUGUUUUUAUUUAUAAUAGUGUGGUAGAACUGCAUAUCAUUACAGUAAAAAUUCUUAUUACUGUGAUGAUUUAAUCAAGCAUUAAAAACUUCUGUAUGACCAUU